AUGUAUAGGUAGUCCCAAUGCAGGUUUAUCAGAUCGUGAGGGGAAUCUGCUGAAGUCCACAGAGUGUCGCCCGUCGAAUCGAGUGGGCCGCCAUCGAAUCUAGUGGGCCGGAAGGCCCAAAAGCAAAAUGGCUAGGGCCCAGCAAUUUGGAGCAGUAGGGGUCGGAGUUUUCUUCUCCGACGACCCCAACCAAAACCAUCGUUUCCUGACGAGCCACGGUGCCUGUGCCUCCCUGAACGUUUAGCAUCGUCGAGAGCUACGAGCCUCAAAGAGAGUGGUGAGGCUGGCAUAUGAAUUCACAAACAAGUUGGGAAGUUAUUGUCAAUGGCCAUCGUCAAAUCCCACAGCAAAACAGAAGUAAAUAACAGUCGAAACAGUAUUCUUAUCCACACCAGAAAUCACGUUAAGGAGCACCUCCCACUAAUUAUAAUUACUGAACCUCAUCAGGCCCAAAUUAAAAUUUGUUCUGAAAUCCAAAUAAAGAUCUUCCCUGUAUGUAUGUUGAAGCAAGCGCAGAUUGAUCGAUGGACGUGAUCAGAGAACGCGCCCGUAUACGUACGUAUACGUAUGCUAGUUAAUUUCUCUCCUAAAAACGAGUAAGAAAUAUCCUAUAAAAAAGUUUCUAGAAACAAAAGAAGAUAUAUACUCCUAUAUCCGUACGAAAUCUCGGUUGUUACUUGUUACUGCAGUUCCGUUUCGUUGCUGUGUUGUGGUGCGAAACGGUGACGUGGAUCACCCGACUUAGCGCCCACGCAUCAUACCGACUCAAUCCUGUGUAUUUCACGGUCUACUACUAGAUAUCUUCAGUGCUGCCGUCACCCACAACACAAUCCUCCUUCCUCCCUGUCUCUCUCUCUCUCUCUCCACUGCAGCAAAACCCUAGGAAAAAUCUCGCUUAGCGAUCGAUCAAGCAAAUUAAGCCCUAGUGAUUACUUACUCCCUACUUGCUUGUGCUGCCCGAUCUCCAUCAGAUAGAUCGAUCGGAGCAAGAACAAGGGGCAUCGGAGCGAUCAUGGAGGGCAAGUCCAGCAGCCGCCAUGCCGAUCCACUGGAAGAGGUCGAGAUGAAUUCGGCUUCUGCGACCGAGGACGACGACGGCUGCCGGUAUGUGUUCCAAUCCCGCCGCGACAGCGACAACGACAAUGACGACGAGGAGGGCGUGCUGCCGGCGACGGCCUGCAAGCGGCGCCGCCGCCUCGACGACAUCCUCGCGCUGCUUCCUUCGCCGCCCACGCCGUCUACCUCUUCCGGUUCGGAGGGGACGAUCAGCGACCGCGACCACGGCGGCGACGUGAUCGGCGCCGGCGACGACGACGCUGCCCCCGUGGCGGCGCGACGAGAGGCGUCGUUCCCGUGCCACUUGUGCAACAAGGAGUUCGGCAGCAGGAAGGCGGUGCACGGGCACAUGAGGGUCCAUCACGCCGAGAACGAGAAGGAGCCGAUGUCGCUGCCGCCGCAGGUGGCGGCGCCCGUUCAUCCCCAGGCUCGGCUACCCACACGCGGAGCAUCACGAUCAGGUGGACCGUACAAGUGCAAGUACGAGGGUUGCAUCAUGGAGUACGAGUCGCACCAGGGGCUAGGUGGCCAUGUCGCUGGCCACAUCAACAGGGACAAGAUGGCCACCGCCAGCGGCAGUGGCGGCGCCGGCAAGCCAAAGGGCAAGCACCCGUGCAACGUAUGCGGCAAAGAGUACCCGACAGGAGUGGCGCUCGGUGGCCACAAGAGGAAGCACUACAGGAAGGACCUUGAUCUUACCCUCUCCCUCGCACCGCCCGGACAACUCGCCGCGCCGCCUACACCUACACCUGCUCCUGCUCCAGCGGCCAUCGCCGCGGUGGAGGCAGAAGCGGAGGUGGCUGAAGAUGGAGAUGGAGGAGAGCUAGUGCCGACAACUCCGCCAACCGGAGCUAGGAGAAAUGUGGUCGUGCGGAUUUGGGGCGUUGAUUUGGAGAAGCCGGUAGAUGAUGUAGAGGAGCAAGAUAGUGGCAGCAACUAAAGAAGAUCAAAAGGAUAGCAACUAAAUAUAGAAGAUUAAGAGGAUAGUAGUCAGCAGUGCAGUGUUUAUUUAGAUACUUAUUCACGUGUUUGAUGCAAAGCAAUUGCCGCUUUGUUAGUUUAGAUAGUGAGGAUUCUGUUCAAUUGAAACAACCAAUUCUACAG